GUUUAUUAGUUGAUUUCCGAAGGUGAGUAAUGGGUUCUCAUAGUCUAAGCUUACCAACUUCAUCUGCUUUCAUUUCUUCCAAAACCCAGUUCGAUUUUGGUUCCAAAUCCAAGUUUUCUGUGUUGAAUUCUCAUCCUAUAGGAAAACCCAGAAGACUUUCCUUCUCAGUUCGUGCAAUGGGGUCUUCUGCUUCUUCUUCUCAGAAACCAGACAAUGUUCAAGAGGCAGAUACAGUUGAUUAUAAAUCGGUGAGUGAUGCGGAAUGGAAGAAGCGGUUGACUGGCGAACAAUACUACAUCACUCGUCAAAAGGGAACAGAGAGGGCAUUCACUGGGGAGUACUGGAACACCAAAACACCAGGAACUUACCACUGCAUAUGUUGUGACACUCCUCUAUUUGAAUCAUCCACGAAAUUCGAUAGUGGAACUGGUUGGCCAUCUUAUUACCAGCCAAUAGGAAACAAUGUGAAGUCGAAGUUAGACUUGUCAGUUAUUUUCAUGCCUCGCCAGGAAGUUCUCUGUGCUGUUUGCGAUGCUCAUCUUGGCCAUGUCUUCGAUGAUGGUCCACCGCCAACAGGGAAGCGUUACUGUAUCAACAGUGCCUCCCUGAAACUCAUAGCAAACUAGAAAGUUGCUGGAGGAGCAGACUUGGAUUGGAAGUAAAUGGGGAUCUGUAAUGCGAAUCUUCUAAGUUUUUUCUUCUGGAAGGCUUAUGUUAUAUACUAGGAUUAUGCUUAAAAACAGAUAGUGUAUAGCAUUUAUAUUUACAGGUAAUUGUAUUGACUGUUAAUAACAUUUAUAUUACCAUCCUUUAGAGUUC